AAUUGAUGGUAAAAUAAUGAUAACAUUUGACAAUUUUGAAUAAUUUUGAAUGAAUAAUUUCAUUUUUUGAGUCGAAGCGAAGCUAAGUUUAUAAUUAAAUCGUACAGUGCGUGCUUUUAAACUAAAGUCCAAUUUUUUGAUUUGACUAGAACUGUCUCAGUCCUCGUACCUCGCCGGCUCGUGCUCGUAGAGAUUCCACAUUCCAGCUCGUAAAACGAUUCGGAUGUAAAUUCGUACAAUUUCCUUCGUCAAAGGUUGUAAUAAAUCCUAUUGCAGAGGUAAUAAUUUCCAGCAAAUAAUUCCUGUUAAAAACUGUAAUGCAGCUUUGAAGUGAAACUUUCGAACCUUGGUUGGAUUCAAAUUAUCUUACAUUUUACCCGACGAGUAGAAGGAAUAUGGUGUAAAACGCAGAAGUUGAAAUUCUAUGGGUUUCCUGAAUGAUAAUUUCUUUCGUUGGAUUCCGUUACGAUUUCGUAUUUUAUGUUUUCGAGAACAGCUUUAAACAGUUCGAUGAAGAUGCUAUGUCGGAUGUAAAUGGCUCGUUAAAGAAUCCUUUAGGUUGAGUUGUUCAUAGCCAUCUAACAAACAAAUCUUCGAGGAAGGAAAGCAAAGCAAAAAGCUCAACGAUUUUGUCGAACCAGUAGUCACCAUCUGCAGCUAAACUGUUUGAACGCUUGCCGAGGUUCGUUGGUCAAAAAGUGUUACAACGUUCAACUGUGAAAAUGUUUUCUAUCUGCAAAGGUCAGACACAUCUGUCGAAGCAGUUAUAUUAUUUCCAUAAAGGUACCACCUUGAAGAUAUUUCCCAGUCUUCAAGGUCGUAAUUACUUCUCAGAAAAAUCAUGUCACAUGCAAGAAAGUGGAACAACUGUGCUUUCUAACUUACAAGAUCAUGUUGAUUCUUCAAAGUUGGUUCAUUAUACUCUCAAUUUUAAUGUGAAAAAGGCAUUCCUUAGCUUGUCAAAUAACGCUAAUUUUUCCAAGGAAUUACGGUACAUGCACACGGAAACUAACAAACAGAGAAUUGCAUACUUCGAAAGACAUGCUGAUUUCUCUAAGCAGUUAAAUUCCGCCAUUAAAAAUGAAAGUUCGAAGGAGGAAAUUGGAAAUUUGGUGGAAGAAUGGCUCUUACGUUUCGAUUCUCUUGGCAGAAUUGAGGCUAGUGCAAUUUCCGGAACGUUCAAUAGUUUAUUACAAUUAAAUAUUUUCCAUAGUGAAUGGAAUACUGAAAAUCGAGAAAAUUUCAAAAAGUUGAUCAUCAAAUUGGCUGAGAAAGCAAAUCAAUCAUUGGAUCCAUAUAGCCGAGCUCAUUCUAAAUUUAACUCUUGGCAGGUUGCUAAUAGUUUCAAAGCGUUAUCCAAAUGGAAUGUAUUGAAUAGCGAUGUAUGGGAAGGUUGUGUUCAAAUUAGUAACCAAAAAAUAGCCAAGGUUGACUUAUUCAAAUCUUUAAUUGAUGCUUUGUUACGUCAAGGAACUUGGAUACUGGAGAAAGGAACAGCUGAUCAAUUUGAUUCUCAAAGUAUCGGUCAUUGUCUGAGUGCUUUAUCGAAUUGGAAUAUUAACGAGUUGAAAGGAUCGAAGAAAUUCAUCAGUUGUUCAAUAAAACGAGGCAUCAAAAUUAUUGAUCAGUUCAAUUCUUCCUCCGUUUCAAACAGCUUGAUUGCUUUAUCCAGGUGGAAUAUAAGCGAUUUCGAAGGUGCCGGAGAAUUCAUCCACCUGCUAUUUGAACGAGGAAAUUCGACCGAGGAGAGAUUCACUCCUCCAAAUAUCGCCAAAACCUUGAACGCAAUGUCCAAGUGGGACGUCGAAGAAUUUCGAGAAGCCAAGGAGUUCGUAAUUUACUUAAUGGAACAAGGAACUUUGGUGGCCAAUAAAUUCAAUUCCAUGGAGAUCGCGCUAAGUUUGAACGCUCUGUCCAAGUGGUACGUCGGCGAGAUGCAAGAAGCUAGAGGUUUUAUUGUUUCGUUAAUCAAAAAUGGAAACUCCAUCAUCGAUACAUUUACUUGCCAAAAUAUCGCCAAUAGUUUGAAUGCGUUUUGCAAAUGGAAUAUUGAUGAAUUACACGGUUCCAAAGAGUUCAUCGUUCGGUUAAUACAAAGAGGAAGCGCAACAGCCAGUGGUUUCGAUCCUCAAGGGAUCGCCAAUAGUUUGAACGCAAUGUCCAAAUGGAACGUCGAAGAACUGAGAGGGUCCAAACAGUUCAUAGUUUACUUAAUGAAAAAUGGAACUUUGGUGGCCAAUAAAUUCAAUUCUAUAGAGAUCGCACUAACUUUGAAUGCUCUGUGCAAGUGGAACGUCGACGAGAUGCAAGAAGCUAGAGAUUUUAUUAUUUCAUUAAUCAAAAAAGGAAAUUCUAUCAUCGAUACAUUUACUUGCCAAAAUAUCGCCAAUAGUUUGAACGCGUUUAGCAAAUGGAAUAUCGAUGAACUGCAUGGUUCCAAAGUUUUCAUCAUUCGGUUAAUGAAACGAGGAGGCUCUACAGCCGGUGGUUUCGAUCCUCAAGCGAUUGCCAUCAGUUUGAACGCGGUGUCCAAAUGGAAUACUCACGACUUAGAAGGAAGUAAACAUUUCAUCGUUCAAUUGGUCAGAUGUGGAAUUCUAACAGCUGAUUCAUUCGACUCGUUGAAUGUUUCUAGCUCCUUAAACGGUCUUUGUAAAUGGGAUAUCGACGAAGUAGAAAAAUCCAAGGAAUUCAUUACUCGAUUAAUAAAACGCGGUCGUUUGCUAAUCAAUAGAUUUAACUCACAGUGUAUUGCCAACAGCUUGAACGCUCUCAGUAAAUGGAAUGUCGACGAAUUCGAAGGAGCCAACGAGUUUAUCAUCGAACUGCUGAGGCAAGGAAAUUCUUCAGUUGACGAUUUUGAUGCUCAAGGGAUUGCAAAUAUCUUGAAUGCUGUGUCGAAAUGGAAGAUCAACAAGCUUGAAGGAGCUACAGAAUUAAUCAUUCAAUUAUUUAAACGUGGGAGUUCAACGAUCACCAGAUUUGAUUGCCAGAAUGUUAGUAACUGCUUAAAUGCUCUUUCUAAGUGGAAGGCCGAUGAAUUGGAAGGAGCUAAGGGAUUUAUUUCCGAACUGGUCAAACAAGGGAAUUCAAUUUCUAGUAAAUUCGAUUCUCAAAACGUCGUUAAUAGCUUGAAUGCCUUAUCCAAGUGGGAUAUUGAUGGAAUACGAGAAGCUCAAGAUUUUAUCAUCAAUUUAGUUACUCACGGAAGUGCUAUCAUAAGUGAAUUUGAUCCUAUAGAAAUUUCCAGUGGUUUGAACUCUGUGUGUAAAUUUAAAAUUUUUGAUGGCGAAAAAUGGAACGAUAAUCAGUUGAAAAACUUGAAACAUUUCAUUAUCAAACUCGCUGAAAAAGGCACCGACAUAUGCAGUGAGUUUGAAUCUAGAAGCGUCGCCGAAAUAUUCUAUUCUUUAUCAAUACUGAAAAUUCUGAGCAAAGAAAAAUGGACACCAGAUGAACAGUACCGGUUGAAGAAUUUCCUGGUCAGUCUUUUGAGUCUUGAUGCUUCGUGUAAAAAUUACACUCUCCCGGAGAUUUCAGUAAUAUUUAGAGCGAUAUUUGAUUGGGACAUUCUUCAAAAUCACGAAUUCGACUCGAAACAGAUUGAUAAGUUCAAAUGUUUCGUCAAUAAUCUGGGAAAUCGACUUCUCACCCUUGGAAAUGAACAGAAUUCAGUUCUACCUGACGUUAAUAUCGAAUUUGCCGUUCAAAUUAUCAAAGUUUUGCCGGAGCUGAAGUCUAAAAAUCUUAUUCUGUUUGAUAAUCGGUUACUGGCUUCGUUGAUGUGUUGCGUGAGUAGUAAUUUGGAGAAAUGCGGAUCCCAUUUAAAGAAAGAUUUGAUUCUAAACAAUAUUUUGACUGGGUUGCAUGAUCUUAUAAAAAUUGUCAGCGAAUUGGAAGAUAGACAUGGUUUGGAAGGAGCAUUUGAUGAGAGUUUGUCUAAAAUAUACAAUGAGGCGGUUGAUAUUGAUUUGAAUCAAAUUGAUGAAAUAAUAGCAUUAAUUUAUGAAUUUGAUAAUUUACGUUUAAUUCGAGAUAUGCAGUUUUUGUCUGGGUGAAUUAUCGUUUUUAAACUGUUAUAAUUUAGGUUUGAAAAUUUCUUUAAUAUGUAGAACGUGGUAUUUUUUAGUAAUUGCUAUUUAAAAUUGAAAGAUCAAAAACAUCUGAAAUUUAAUGUACAAAAGUAAGAUUUUUUUUCCGCUGCGCUGUGCAAAUUAUUUUAGAUUACCUGUGUUUUAUUUUCAAUUUUUCAUUGUGUGUUUGUAAGUUCAUCUACAUACUCGUAUGUAGGUAAAUUUCAAUAAAGUGAUUGAGAUUGGAACAA